AUUCAAACUUACCAAAUAAGGCACAGAGUACACAACAGCCCCGUCCCUUACCAUCACAACGAUGUCACCAUCAAAACGAUAUCAACCCCACCCGGUGUACGCGGGGCGGAUAGCACAUAAAUUGAAAAACUCGUCGGAGUGUCCUACUGGUGCGUUUGAUCUCUUGAGGCAUAAUACUCAUGGAUGUGGAUGAGUUUCGUCGUCGCGGCAAAGAGAUGGUUGACAUCGUUGCUGACUACUAUUCAACUAUACGCGAACGUCGCGUGUUGUCUGACGUUCAGCCUGGCUAUUUGAGGCCUCUCUUGCCGUCCGAAGCUCCAAACGAGCCAGAGAAAUGGGAAGACGUUGUGAAGGACAUAGAAAGAGUGAUCAUGCCUGGAAUAACUCACUGGUUGCAUCCACAGUUUGUUGCCUACUAUCCGUCUGGUUUCUCGUUUCCCUCUUUUCUGGCUGACAUGUUAUGCAAUGGAAUGCCGAAUAUUGGUUUUUCGUGGAUUGCUUCACCAGCUAUUACAGAAUUAGAAACUGUUGUUCUUGAUUGGUUGGGAAAAGCUCUAAAGUUACCUUCAGAAUUUUUAGCAGAAGCUGAGAAUGGCAAGAGUCCACAAGGAGGAGGAGUUAUUCAAGGAACUGCAUCCGAGGCAACUCUAGUUGCCAUGCUUGCAGCACGUCAUGAAGCAGUGAAGAAAUUGCAGUCCGAGAUACCAGAGCUGAAAGAUCAUGAAGCUCAAGGAAAAUUGAUUGCCUAUGGAUCAGACCAGGCCCAUAGUUCAUACGACAAAGCUGCCAUUAUUGCUGGAGUCAAAUUUCGAAGGCUGCCAUCAGAUAAAGAUUUUUCUCUGAGAGGAGCAGCUCUAGAAAUUGCUAUUAGAGAAGAUGUGGAAGCUGGUUUACAUCCAUUUUAUCUCCUGACAACUCUUGGCACAACAUCAUCUUGUGCUUUUGAUAAUCUGUUGGAACUGGGUCCGAUCUGUCAAAAGUUCGGCUUAUGGAUGCACAUUGAUGCUGCAUAUGCAGGCAAUGCAUUCAUUUGUCCAGAAUACAGGCCACUGCUCAAUGGAGUGGAGUAUGCGGAGUCAUUCAACUUCAAUCCUCACAAAUGGAUGUUGACAAGCUUUGACUGCUCUUGCAUGUGGUUGAAGCGACGAGCAGCAGUUAUCAGUGCAUUCACUGUCGAUCCUGCCUAUCUACGGUAUGCAGAAUCAGAUUCAGGUGCAGUCCUGGAUUACCGACACUUGCAGAUUCCUCUAGGCAGGCGGUUUCGCUCUUUGAAGCUGUGGUUUGUGUUGAGAUUGUAUGGAAUUUCAGGAAUACAGAAAUACAUUAGAAAGCAUAUUGAACUAGCAAAGAAGUUUGAGACACUAAUUCGAUCUUCAGACCUCUUUGAGUUUCCAGUCAAACCAAUGCUGAGUCUAGUCUGUUUUCGACUCAAGGGUAGCAAUGACUUGAACAAAAAGUACUUACAAGCACUCAACGACUCCGGCAAAAUUUACAUGAUUGGCACAGAGCUGGGAGAUCAGUAUGUACUGCGUAUGUCCAUAGUGUCCGUCCAGACAACAGAGUUUGACGUUGACGUCAUUUGGGACAUUGUCAAGUCAAUAGCAAAGAACACAAUAGGAAAAUGAAGACAGCAGGACUAUGUACUACUUGAUUUCAUGGCCAGUUUAUCUGGAUUACAAAAUUUAAGAUUAGAUGAGAAUGCA